ACAGUCCAAGGCCAAUCAUGAAAGGCCUUCAUAUGUAAGAAAAAGGUUUGGCUUCUCUCUUCACCGACCAGUGAGCGCAGCGGCGCCGCAGGAGACACCAGCUCCCGAAGAUGCGGAGCGCAAUACUGUUGCUGUUUUGCGUGGCCACCGCCUAUGGUCAACAGAAAGGUGGCGUUCAAGGAAAGCUUAAUCUUGGAGGACCAUCAGGGCCCGGAGGACCCGGCCCCUCAUUGAGCGGCCUCAGCGCACCUGGCGGUGGACCAAAUGGCAUAGGAGGACCGGGGCCAAAUAGCCUUGGAAGACAGCCUGGCUUCGGAGAAGGAGCAGAAGGUGGACCAGGUGCAACUUUAGGAGGAGCAGGCGUUGGACCGAGUCUGCCUGCUGGAAGUGGAAUAGGACCAGGAGGUCCGAUGGGUGGUUCAGGACCAUCAGAGGUCUUCGGAGAGGGCCCCGAAGGUGAAAUUGCAGGUGGUGGAGGCAUCGUAGGAUUCAGUACCGAGCACGGAGGGCUGGACCUGUUCACUCUGCUACUCCGCCAGAUCUUCUUGGCUUACGGGGCAGACCCGCUGAAGCUUCCCGAAAUGACCCUGCCAUUUAACAGUAUCUUGCGCAUGUCGGGCACCGUGCGUACCUUCAACUCGUUCGUGUACGGCCUCUCCCACGUGAAGCGCACGGGUCCUUGCUUCGUGACGGCUGACCAGAGUGGCAUGCGUCUCGGCCUCGACCUGGGCAUCACGGACGUGUUCGGAAACUCAUCGGCCACCGUGACGAUGAACAGGAGGAACAUCCAAAAGCAGCUCGUGCACUUCACUGUAGUUGUCAAGAAAGCCAGGGCCAUCCUUGAAAUAGCGCAAACGGGUCCCCAUGAGAUCCACGUGACAAACUUCAAGAUCCUAUUUCUUCAAGGCUUCAGGCUAUUCCUCAGACCACAUGAGCCGUCCAGAAAGCCACUAUUCCGCACCUUCCUGCGCGCUGCACAGUCGUUCCUCGAGCGGUCAGUCAAGAAGCGCCUCGAACCCCUGGUGCGCAAGGCCGUCGACGAUCAGAUUAAGCAGGUUCUCGCCUACCUGAAUCGCCAGGCGCAACUCAGGCCUAAGCCACGGCUGCCGGCCGAGCUCUUCACGGGUGCAGUAGAUACUGUCCUGGGCGGCGGCGCCCCUGGCGGGGCAUUUCCCUCGGGAGGACCCUCUGGCGUCGGACCAGGCGUCGGAGUAUCAGGUGUGGGACCGCUUGGACCAGCAGGUGCCGGCCCAUCAUCUGCGGGCGGCAUGCUACCGUCAGGAGGGCCGUCAAACGCAGGUGGUGGUGUCGGUCCAUCACUCUCAGGGCCUAUGAGUGGCGGUCCGUCAGGGCCUAUGAGUGGCCCCUCCGGACCAGGAAUCGGGCCUGGAAAUUCACUAGCCGCAGGUGGCGAUAUGACAUCCUCACUUUCUGGCUCGCUAGGCAGAGGCCCUGGCGCAUCUGGAGGCACCCAACUGAAACUCCUAUCUACCAAAGGCUAGUAAAUGCGACGACCACGGAUCACUCGACAAAUCUUUCAUUUUUGGGGGGAAUAAAACCUACCACUCGA